AAAUCUCUUUCUCAGUCUCUGUCCUCUGAGAUCAUUCUGGAGAACAGUAGACUCCCCGAAGGGGUUUCCAUCUCCUACAUCUCCCACUGCAAGAAUGGAGUGAGCGAAAAAGGAGAAAAUGGACGAAAGUGCUCCAACAUCUCCAUUGGGGAUCAGGUGACGUUUGAAGUAGCGAUCACGGCUAAAGGCUGUCCAUCUAAUGGCAAAUCAGAAACUAUAAAAAUCAAGCCACUGGGCUUCACCGAGGAGGUGGAGAUAGUCCUCAACUUCAUCUGCGAAUGUGAGUGUCAUAAAGGCGGAAUCGCGAACAGUCCAGUGUGUCACUUUGGUAACGGUACCCUGGAGUGUGGAGCAUGCAGGUGCAAUGAGGGACGUAUUGGCAGAGUUUGUGAAUGUAGUAAAGACGAGGUCAGAACAGAAGAUCUGGACGCGAACUGCCGCAUGGAUAACGGGACGGACAUCUGCAGCAACAAUGGGGACUGCGUUUGUGGAACAUGUGAGUGCAAAAAAAGAGACAACCCAGAGGAGAGAUACAGUGGAAAGUUCUGCGAGUGUGACAACUUCAACUGCGACCGCUCCAACAACAAGCUCUGCGGAGGUCAUGGUCGUUGUGAAUGCCGAAAGUGUACCUGUGACACUAACUACACAGGCAGUGCGUGCGACUGCUCUCUGGACACCUCCACCUGUCUGGCCAGUAACAAACAGAUCUGUAACGGUCGGGGCGCCUGCGAGUGCGGAGUGUGUAAAUGUACCGACACAAAGUUUCAGGGUCCAACUUGUGAAAUCUGCCCAACCUGCCCUGGAGUUUGUACUGAACACAAGGAUUGCGUCCAGUGCCGAGCAUUUGGUACUGGUGACAAGAAAGACACGUGUGUGGAACAAUGUGGCUACUUCUUUCUUGUAAUGAAGAAGAAGAAGGAGGAACUUCCUCAGCCCAACGACCAGCCCUUCAUCAAUCAUUGCAAAGAACGUGAUGCAAAUGACUGUUGGUUCUUCUUCACCUACGCUACCAAGAACGACAGCACCGUUGAGGUCCAUGUGGCGGAGGAACUUGAGUGUCCCUCUGGCCCUGACAUCAUCCCCAUCGUAGCGGGUGUGGUCGCAGGAAUCGUUCUGAUUGGUUUAGCACUUCUGCUCAUCUGGAAGCUGCUCAUGAUUAUUCAUGACCGCAGAGAGUUCGCCAAGUUCGAGAAAGAGAAGAUGAAUGCUAAGUGGGACGCGGUACGUUUCUCUAAUUUACAUUACAUUUCAUCUCAGGUAGGCCUAUCUGUUUUAAGUUAUUACACAGUUCAACUAGUUGUAACAGGGAUGUCUGACCUCAUUGUGUGGGGUGUGGCCUCUCUGGCACCAUGAGAGGUCAUUGCUGCC